CUCCUUGAGGCGUCGAUGCUUGCUUGGCUGGUGGCACUUAAUGUCAAUGCACUAAGUGAUCUUCACCUUUUGCAGGUGCUGACAUAUGUGGCCGAGAUAACGGAGCCGAGGUAUCGCGGCAUUCUGUCGGCGCUGGGCACCACCUGUGUCAUCACUGGCGUCUUUGUACAGUUCAUACUGGGCUCCCUCAUGGACUGGCGCAGCGUGGCGGCGGUGAGCGCCGCCUUCCCSGUCAUUACGAUWGUCAUGCUGUGCUUUGUGCCCGAGAGCCCCAUUUGGCUGAUACGGGAGGAGCGAUACCGGGAGGCCGUCAAGUCGCUGCAGUGGCUGCGCGGCUGGGUGCCGGAGCAUCAAGUGGAGACGGAGUUCAAUCGCCUCUACGAUGAGCUGGUCACCCAGAAGGCCAUCGAGGAGGCCACCGAGGGCAGUGGGGCGUUGCCUGGUCAGCGCCGCACGCUGAAGCAUCGGCUGCGRAUGUGGCGCAAGCGCACCUUCCUGGUGCCCUUCAUGCUCGUCUCGUUCACCUUCUUCACGGGCCACUUUUCCGGCAAGACGCCGCUGCAGACGUAUGCCGUGCAGAUCUUCCACACGCUGAAGGCGCCCAUGAACAAAUACCAUGCCACGAUCCUGCUGGGCGUGGCCGAGAUGCUGUCCACCAUACUGGGCGUCGCUCUGAUCCACUUCACGGGCAAGCGGCCGCUGGUGCUGAUCUCGACAGUGGGCACGGGCUUGUGCUUCUUCGGCACUGCGACCUAUGCGCACUUCCUGAACGAUGUGCCCGGCUUUGCGGUCAACAAUGUCGUGGUGAACGCCUCGGCGAUUGUGCCGAAGGGCAGCAUCAUAUCGCAGGCCAACAUAUCGAAGAUAUUUGAGAAUCAAUAUCAGGAUGAGCUGGWGCAUCAGCACCAGCUGCAGCAGGAGCGAGAGCAUGAGCUGGAGCAGCAACUGACCACGAUGCUGCCAGAACUGGAUACGACCACGAUAGAACAAUUUGAUACGACAAUGGAGCCAUGGAAUC